CUUUUGCGUCAGUUUCAUCCAGCGCGCUUUACCGCCUGUCCGCGUCCACCACAUUCCGCACAACGUUACCGAACGUGCAGUGUGGAUUCCCACUAACGCCCCGGGUAACGCGCCGUGUUACCCUUCCCCCACGCGCCAAUUGCCGCACGCUCGCUUCCUAUUUGUUUAUCCGAUUUUUAGGCUCUUAGCGCUUAGAUACGGGCAAUGGCAAUUGUUGAAACAUUUUUGAAUCAGUUGCUUUUGAAUGUUCGGCGAGGAAUGUGUUACGCUCGGAACAGGCAGUUGUGACCGCCGUCUCGUCAUCGUGCGAUCCUCGUGAUCAACGAGCCAGGCCGUACCGGAAAAGCGGUACCCGUUGCGUUUUUUGUGGUGAUCAUUUUCCUUUUUGCUGGAACUGUUUCGCGUGCGCGUCCGUUUGUGUGAGUGUGUGUGCGUUGGUGUGUGAUUAUUACUCAGUUGCAACAGUUGCAGAAAGGUUUUUUUUGUUGUUGUAACGUGUUGUAACGUUUUGUAACGUGCAAGAUACUGUAGUGAGUUUUUUUUCCCCUUUUUAAAAGUUCAGAAAACUUGUCCCAACGUAUUUAACGAUUUUGGUGUUUGAUUAAAUCGUGUGUUUGUGUGUGUGUGUGAGUGGGAAUAAAAUUUUUGUUGUGUGAAAAAAUUGGAAACGUUCAAGCGCAAGUAAAGCAACCGGUGCGAAUAAGAUGAGUUUGCCGAGCGGUGUCGAUAUGUCGAAUCUGAUGCAGCAACAUCCGGUACUCGGUGCGCUGCCACCAGCAUUUUUCCUACGGGCAGCCUCGGAACGCUAUCAACGCACGCCCAAGUGUGCCCGAUGUCGCAACCAUGGAGUGGUAAGCGCACUCAAAGGACACAAGCGUUACUGUCGCUGGCGGGACUGUGUCUGUGCUAAAUGUACCUUAAUCGCCGAACGACAACGCGUUAUGGCGGCACAGGUUGCACUCCGCAGACAACAGGCCCAGGAAGAGAACGAGGUGCGAGAUCUUGGACUCCUGUACGGGACGACCGGUGUGCACGGUGUUGGUCAAACGCCACCAAACGACCCAGUUGCGGUACAGUCGGUCGGUCAGUUUCACGGUGGCAUUCCAUCACCACCAAACGAUGCGGAAAGUGUUACACACCACAGCUACACAUCUGCCGACGCAGACACAGACGUUCAGCGAAUGCGACCCGAACAUAUGCACUCAGCCUAUUCGCCCAAUCGCAGCGAACCUGACAGUCCUGUCUAUAUUUGGUCCCGUUUUGCAGGACCGAAACGUCAGCGCAUAUCAACGGAGACGGACCACGAUACGGAGUCGGAGUCAUCGCCGAGCAGUCCACGGCACAAGUCAUCGCUGUUUUCCCUGCCGCUGGAUAAACAGUCGCCGAGCCAGACCGGACCGCCGAGUUCGCCCGAGUCGGAUCUGGACGUUGACUCCACGCCGGACGAUUCGAUUGCGCCGGAAAAUUUGAGCCUCAAGAAAGACCCGAAUGUAUAUACGAAGCCAGCGACGCUAGUACCGGUAACGAACGGUGGUGCCGGCUUUCUGCCUUACAGCCAGCAACCGGUCGCUACCCAGUACCAGCAAGCCAUCGGUGUCAGUGCCUCCCAAGCCUCGAGCCAACGCUCACCGGUGGAUGUUCUGCUGCGAGUGUUCCCGAACCGGCGUCGGAGCGAGGUGGAGCUACUGCUCCAGCGUUACCGUGGCGAUGUGGUGCAGGCGAUGGAAGCGAUGCUUUGCGGUGACGAUGCGCUUCAUUCACCCAUCAGUGUUCCAACACCUUCACCAUCUUUUACAGUGAAGUCGGCAUUCUCGCCAUUGAUGCCUUCCGGAACGUUCAGUAGUCCGACGGUGCGGUACUCGUUUCUGCAGCAGGCCCACACCAAACGCUUCCUGUCCGCACCGUACACCGGUACCGGUUACCUGCCGACUAUACUGCAGGAUCCGGAGCAGUCGCAACAACCGGACCCGGCGGGUUUGGGCCAGAACUGUGCACCUGCCGCAGCCAACAGUCCCUGUGUGGAUGGCACAGAGUAAGAAGAAUGUACUCCCCGAUCCGCUUUCUCACGCAUGUUUCCUUGCCGGGCAGUAGUUACAUUGACUUCACCAGAGUCACGACCAGUGCGCUAAAGCAAGAUGUCACCAAGCGCGUCUCCAUCAUGCCUAUAAUACUAAGCUUACUGAUUUUACACCGUUUCCAUCUUACAUCUUACAU